AUGAAUAAAGAAAAUGCAACUGCUGCCAAACUUGAAGAGCCUGCUACUCGAAUUACACGGGCACGUGCUAAAGCCUUGGGGACUUCGGUAGGUAUAUUUCCUGCCUCAAAACCCUCCUUCAAACAGGAUCAGAAGCAUCUUCUUAGAUCAAAGACCAAAAGAGCAGCAUCAGAUGAGAACAAAUCUGCUUUGACCUCAAUUGCUGACUUUAAGCAUAAGAGAAGGGCAGUGCUCGGAGAUGUGAGCAACAUCUUUUGUGAGAAUCCUCAUCUGAACUACAUCAAUGCAACUAAACAACAUACUAGCAAACAAGGUAGAAAAUGUCCUCCAAAGACGAAUACAGAGGUGGCUGCUCAUAUCUCUAUGGAAAUUUCACCAGUUCGGGAGGAUGCAAAGGAAAAGUUAGCUGAAGAGCUGUCAAAAAUAAGAAUGGGAGAAGCACAAGAUUUUACUUCACCAGCAAAGCUAGAAGUAAAACAAGAAAGUGUGUGUCAUGACACAAGAGAAGGUGGUGUAGCAGAUCCAAUGCUUCUAAUUCCAGUUUCCACAAAAUUUUCAGGAGUUGAAAGCCCUCUAAAGAAAGAAGCAAACGAGAUUUCGAAAAAAUUGGAUGCAUCAAGUUGUGCGAAAAUAGCAGAUAUUGAUUCAAACAUAAAAGAUCCUCAGCUCUGCAGCUUGUAUGCCCCUGAUAUAUAUAACAAUAUACGUGUUAAGGAGCUUGACCACAGACCUUCAACUGAUUACAUGGAGAAGUUGCAGCGCGAUAUUAGUCCAAGCAUGCGAGGAAUUCUGAUUGACUGGCUUGUGGAGGUUUCUGAAGAAUAUACGUUGGUUCCAGAUACACUUUACCUCACUGUCAAUCUCAUUGAUCGAUUCCUCUCACACAACUAUAUUGAAAAACAAAGACUCCAACUACUUGGUGUUACAUGCAUGUUAAUUGCCUCUAAGUAUGAAGAAAUUAUUGCACCAAGAGCGGAAGAGUUUUGCUUCAUCACUGACAAUACUUACACAAGAGGAGAGAGGCUUUACUUAGCAUGUAGGAGAUUCAUUCAAGCAGCACGAGCUUCUUGCAAGGUUCCUUGUGUCGAACUGGAGUUCUUGGCAAAUUAUUUAGCAGAGUUGACUCUUGUUGAGUACAACUUCCUGAAGUUCUUACCUUCCCUCAUUGCUGCCUCUGCUGUUUUUCUUGCCCAAUGGACACUCAACCAGUCAGAACACCCAUGGAACACAACGCUAGAGCACUACACUAGUUACACAGCAUCAGAACUGAAAACUACAGUGCUUGCUCUGGAAGAUUUGCAACUGAACACUAAUGGUUGUUGCCUAAAUGCUAUACGUGACAAAUAUAGACAACAGAAGGACAAGGGUUUGGAAUUCUCAUCAGCAUUUGAAUCAAAUCAAACUAUCAGCUUUUGUGAGCUUCAAAAGACCAGCUUAUAG